UGGUUGCUGUGGUAACCGUCUGGCUGGGUAGGAAAAGAAGCGCAUGCGUGAAGAAAAACAAAAACUAUUUUAACAACCACGUUUUAAUUAAAUUUUGUGUUUGGUUUAAAUAUUGAGCGAUACAACAAAUAUAUGCGGGGUAACGUUUGUAUCUUCUUUUGGUACGGCGAAAUAUGACGUAACGUUAGUAUUGGCGUAACCUGUGCUCUCCCUCCCGGGGAAGUUGAGUAAAAAUGGCGGACACACAUCGUUUUGGUGUGGUCGUUGGCUCACAAGAAACAAACGAAGCUGAUUUUAAUAUGUAGACGUGAGAUGUGGACGAGCCGGUUUACUGUGAAAGUGUUCCAGACGAAGGUAGCUGAUUGUUGAUCAUCUUAAGCAAACUACGGGACUUCUUGUGCCACACGGGAAUAGGUGAAAGGACCAGAACAGCAUCACACAAGUCUUUCUGAUCAAAGACAUCUGUAAUCUUCAAAGAUGUCCGACCGUCUGAUAAAAGAAUUCCAGACCCAGCUGACGACAGCCAUGGACUCAGUCCUGAGGAUGUCUUUGUUUGAAAUAAUGAAGAUCUUUGAGAACAGCCUACAUGAACAUCAAAUUGAGCUGUUGCAGAAAGGAGAAGAGAUUACUCAACUUAAAAUAAAGUUACAGAGAGCGGAGACCAAGCAAAGAGGAAGGGAGGGUGGAGGUGACAGAGGAGCCAAGAUGAAUAAAACUCAGAUGAGUGAAUCACAAAAAGAGCCUGAAGAUGUCUUGAACACCUCUGGACAAACUUCUGAGGUUCCUGAGAUUGAUUUUGAAGUACCUGAUGACUGGUGUGCUCCGCUCGGCUGUGAGACUGUGACCAAACCAGAGGACAACGUGUGCCCCAGUGUAAGACUGCGCUCACUAUACAUUCCUCUGUGGCAUGUUCCAGUCAUCAAGCAGGAGGUGGUGAAUUCUGACAUUGACUCCCACCAGCCAACACGGGGUGGCAGGAGAUCCAAGAGAGGGUCCUCAUUGAAGGAGAGCCACAGACACACUCAGAAUAAAGGUUCACCAAUGUGUGACAAAGGGACUCGACGGCCACCAGUAAGAAACGACAUGAAAAUAUUGCUCCAAGACAUCAAGCAUGAAUGUACUGACCCAACAAACGAACCUACAGGUCUUAAAAGACGAGGGAGAAAUUUAACAGGGAAAGUGCAAAAAAACCCACUGAAAAGCAAAAGAGAGGAAAGAAAAAUCGAAACAACUGAGUCGAAGUCUACAGAACAAGAGACGGUGGAAAACCGUGGUGAAAAACGGUACUCCUGCAGGUUCUGUCAUAAGGUAUUUGAUACACAGUUUGGCCGAAGCGUGCAUGUACGAUCACACAAGAAGUGCAGAGGCUGCAAAAAAGAGUUUCCUUUUCCAAGUGUUCUUCGAUGCCAUAAACCAUUUUGUGCAAAACUUAAGAAACUGUUAGAAAAAAAAGCAGAGUCCACUGACCCUCCAAAACCUCAGUCCUGUGAGGAAGAAAAGCCAGCCGCCCUAAGCAAAAAAGAGAUCAAGAUCAUCAUCAAGAGGGAAAGCACACCUUCCUCUAGCAACAACAAUGAAUCAUCUAUUCAGAAACCUGGAUGUGUGAAAAAGUUCCCCUGUAACCUCUGUAACAAGAAGUUUCAUUCACGUUGCAGGCUUGGGGAUCACAUGCGUGUUCAUACUGGCGAAAAGCCAUUUCCUUGCAGCAUGUGCCCAAAGAAAUUCCGCAUUAACCAGUCGCUCAAACUGCACAUCUUGCGAAUACACAAAGACCAAGUGAAUUCCAGUGAGACCAAUGGAGAUCUUGCAUGGACCAAACCUUUAGAGGUGAUUGAAGAUAAUCGAGAAGAUUUGAUUUCUUCCAGCAAAGACCCAGCUCAUGCAAUCAACCAUAACAAAGUUCAUAAAGAACGUAAUCCAGACAGAAAGCUGGGUCAGAAAUGGCAAACAAUGGGCAAGCGGUGCUCUGACGGCUACAUGUGUUUAUUGUGUCAGAAGGUCAUGAAACAUAAAUACCUGUUGACUGAACACUUUCGCAUCCACACAGGAGAGAAACCUUUCAAAUGUGACCGCUGUCCUGCAAAGUUUCGUUCUUACGGACAGCUUAAAGUGCAUAAAAAAAAGUGUGGUAAGCCUAUGAUCCAGUGUGAGAAGUGUGAGAAGAAAUUUCCCACACAAAUGAGGCACGAUAAACAUGUGUCAAAAUAUCACAGGGACUGGUCUCAUUUCUGCAAGGUUUGCGGAAAAGGCUUCUUCAUGGAAGGACGCCUUAGGAACCACAUGGAGCGGCAUCAGUAAACCAUUAUGCAGUUGGCAUCACCUGUCUGUGGACAUUGAAACGCUGGAUGUUGUAAUCAAUGCACGUACUGAUUGAUGGUGGACUGCGUUUAACAUUUUUUGGUGGCUUAAGUUAAGCUUUUUUUCUAUUUUGAGAUUUAAUAAUUAUACAAAUCAUCUCGGUAUUCUCCAUCUUUGUCAAAUAUUAAAACAGUACUGCAAGACCAGUAAUAAAACAUCUGGUCUGGUUUCUGCAAAUAGCAAGUCAGCAAGAUAUCAUAUUGAUACCAAAUUAAAAAUGCAUCUUUUUUUUAUAAAAAAUAUUCAAAUGCAUGUAGCACUGUGGAACAGGAAAACCACAGACUGAACCCUGCAAGUCUUUAAACAAUGAGUUUUGUAGUUUAAUGUCCCUUUUUGUGUCAUUUCAAUCUAAAGUAAGAGCACUGAGGUAAAACUACAGUGUCUCUAUGUACAGUGGGGGUUCAGUCCUCCACCAAGUAUUCUUGUUCUACCAUUAUCAUUCUUGUUAAAAAACUUGGAACAUUUGUUCACUAAUGACAUGAAAACAAUUUGCAAAAGGUUGGGCAAUAGAUUAAAUUUAUCACAGUACAUAUAAUUUUAUAUUGUAAUACUGGCACAUUGUGAUAAUUUAAAUUCUUCAGGAAAUCCAGUUAAGAAGCAUGUGUUUUUGGCUAAUAUGUUAUGGGUACUUCAUCACAUUGAUGCAAAAGUAAUGUAAAUCCAAGACUGCCUUAAAGAAGACCUGCUCUUCUACUACAGUAUUGGCUGCUUUGGUCUGAUAUACGAACAGAAUAGCUACCUCGGUAGAAGCUAUACAACAAAAUAGUUUAAACUUGUUAAGAAUCUGUCACCUCGCAGUACAUAUCAUAAAUCCCAGCACUCUUGUAUUUAGUGAAAGUAAAUGUUGAGUUAUCUGUACGUAUUUGUCUUCUGUUUGCCUUAUAAUAGCUUGUGCUGUCUCGUAUCAAGGCUACACGUUUGAACAGAAUUUGGGAAACCACAUCAAUCAAAUAAUUUCCAAUCAGCACAGAUUGCUGAUGUGUGGCUGCGGAGUCAGACCUUUGGACCCAGCUUUGCAAUGUUGACUGUACUGUAACUAUUCUGUGAAACCAUUUCAUCCGAUGCUUGAGUUCUGAAACAAGCCAGAACAAAAGUUGACUGUUUUGUCUUUUUUUUCUUUUUCUUAAAUAACUGUUACAAUAGUGUUGCUAGAUUUAGACAAUUGUAUUGUUGCUAGAUUGAGACAUUGUUUACAUUUCCACAAUAAAAUCCACAUUUAUACCA